CGCUUGCGCCCGCCGCUUGCCCAAGACUCGCGCCAUGACCGCGGAGGCUUACCUGCAAGAAGCGACGGUCUCGGCAAGCCAGUUUUUCGCGAUCUGGCGCCAUUACGACGCUGAUGGCAAUGGAUACAUGGAUGGAAACGAACUGCAGGGUUUUAUCCAAGAACUGCAGCAGGCACGACAGAAAGCUGGCUUGGGCUUAACCCCAGAAAUGAAAACUUUUGUGGACCAUUUUUCAAAGAGUUCUGAUGGAAAAAUAGGAAUUGUAGAGCUUGCUCAGAUACUGCCAACAGAAGAAAACUUCCUAUUAUUUUUUAGAUGCCAGCAGCUAAAAUCUAGUGAAGAUUUCAUGCAGACAUGGCGAAAGUAUGAUAGUGACCAUAGUGGAUAUAUUGAUGCCGAAGAGCUUAAGAACUUUUUGAAAGAUUUACUUCAGAAAGCAAACAAACAGAUUGAUGAUUCAAAACUAUCGGAAUACACAGAUAUUAUGCUCAAGAUGUUUGAUGAAAACAAUGAUGGAAAGCUGGAACUGACAGAAAUGGCCCGGUUAUUGCCAGUACAGGAAAACUUUCUCCUUAAGUUUCAGGGUAUUAAAAUGUGUGGAAAGGAAUUUAAUAAAGUUUUCGAUACAUUUGAUUCAGAUGGGAAUGGCUACAUAGAUGAACAGGAAUUGGAUGCUUUGCUAAAAGACCUCUGUGAAAAGAACAAAAAGGAAUUAGAUAUCAAUAACCUUGCAACCUACAAGAAGAACAUUAUGGCCUUGUCUGAUGGAGGAAAACUUUACAGAACAGAACUUGCUCUCAUCCUCUGCGCUGGGGAAAAUUAAAAGUCCAUCUCUCAUUUCCACUCCAACUAGUAAUAUAUUGUUAUCUUUAAAAAAAACACCACAAAAAACAAAAACAAAAUUAACUGUGCAUUAUAAGAGAGUAGGCUUUAUUUCUUUUAUAUUUUUAAAUUGAAAAUCGCAUAUAGAUAAUUAGCCAUGUUAUGUGGCACUUUCUUUUCAGCUUGUUUCUACUAUGUUCGUAAUGUACAGCUUUUGUAACUAAAGAGGAUGUCUUAAAUUACCGUGGGCCAGUCUGUCAAUGCAUUUACCAAUAGCUUUGUUUCUGUGAGACAUGGGAGAAGGUUUCAAGAGCGCAGCUGAGAUUGGUAUUAGCUAGGUCUCCAUUAAGCAAAUAGGUUUUCAAACAACGUCAGAAACACAUUCAAAAUCAGUUUAGGAUGAUGGUGGAUUUCUUCUUUUACUUUUUCUUUCUUGUAAAAGAAUGUAGGAGGCUGUUGGGAUCCACCAGAAUUGUUUGGCGGCAUCAUCUUCUAGAAAGUGAUGGUCAGCCUUUUUGUCAAGUGUACUAAAUCUCAAUCAGUCCAAAAAGACUAGUCAUCUCUUUCUAGGACAUGGGUGUCAAACUUAUGGCAACAUGUUGCUGUCACGUGACUUUUUCCCCCCUUCUUGGAGCUGGGGUAGGCAUGGCCUGUGCGUGAUGCAUCCAGCCCACAGGCUGCCAGUUUGACACCCAUGUUCUAGGAGAUAUCCCAUAUCUAAAUAUACCUGAAACCACUGAGAAAUGUUUUAAGAAGUUCAUUAUUAGCAAACCAGUUUCAGUCGAGAAAGGAUUGGGGCAUAGAUACAUCAGCAGUGCAUUCAUUUACUAUGAUCAAGUCAACUUCCAAUAUAUUAUAAAUGUCUUGCUCUUCAGCUUCCUUAAAUUCACUACCAAGGUCAACAGAGGCUCUGGAUGUGAAGGUGCUGAACUUCCUGAGGAGUUGUUAAGCUUCCUUGUUGCCUGGCAAGAACAACACUGUAUUUUUACUGGACAAAUGGCAUACUUCUAAUCAGUUAAAAAUCAACACACCAAUUUGCCUCAUAUUUUACUUUCAAACUUUAGCAUUUGUAAAUGCUGUUAUGCCAGAGAAUGUCAGUCCAUUUUGCUAAAACUAUUUCCACAUUUUGCAUAACAUAACUCUUUCAAACUGCUGUUUUUACAUCAUUCUGUGUAAUCUAUGAUUAAAUUUAAUAUGCUAAUAUAUUAGUACACGAUUUGUUUGAUAUUCUGUUCUAUCACAGAUAAUAAUAAAGGCUACACAAUCACACAGAUCAAUUAACAACCCAGCUAAUUUUCCAAAUCUAGAAAAUCCUCUAAUUUCGACAAGAAAUAGUCAAUUUAUCUCCUAAUUUUUAUAAGUGGUUGAAGCAUAUUCAGUGCAGAUAAAAUUGCUUUAUCAUCCAUGUACUGCACCUAACCUGGAAAUGAGUCAAGGAGCACAGAAAACCAUGUGUCUGACUCCAUACGUACCUACAUCACAAAUUCCAUUUAAUUAUUUUGAGUAGGAUUUUUGUCAUUUAGUUGUAACAAUCCAAUAAAAGUACACCAUACUACCGGUUUACCGCAAAAGGAAGCUAUAGAGGCUGACUCUCUGUCAUAUCAAUUCAAAUGGCAGUAUAUAAAACAUUUUAAAUAUUGUUUAUCAAAUCGCUGUACAUUCAUUUAAUGGGUUUUGGGAAACUGUAUUUCACUGGGCUGAAAUGUAUUCCCUGCAUCCAAUCAGAUCUACAUAACUUUCAAACAAAUGUGAUAAUAUUCCCAAGUCUGUAUUAAUGUUGAUUUAACUUGUGAUGCAUCUACUGUAUGCUUUCUUGAUCAAUCUUCCUUUAAAUGUAUUUUCAGAGUUAUUUAAUAUAGGGCUGUAUUUUUUCCUACCAUAUGACUAGUACAUUUCACCCAUACAAAUGAGAUCCAAUUAGCAAGUGCUCAUAUGGUUUUUUUAAAAAUGUGUACUACCUUUAUGAGUGUUUCUUCAUCAGAAAGGUUACUACAUCAAGGUUACUGCUUAAUCAGGUCAGAAGGCUCUUGUCUUAAUUCUACUUCAAGUAUUAACCAUUUAAACAAUGGUUAUUGUUGUAUGGGCUGUUGCAUGUUCAAAAGAUUUGUAUACUAUUUCAGCAGUAGGCAGCUUCAUAUGGUUAUGGGACUGUUUAAUUAUUAGCAUUUAGGAAUACCAUGAAGAGAUAAAGCUACAGUGAAAUCAUUUAGCUAACUUGAAAUUAUACAAGGCAUCAGUUAAGUCAUUUGAUAUAUAACUAUAGCUUUUGAAAAAGCUCGUCUUACAGGAUAUUCCUUUUAUUUACCAUGGUGGAUAUUUAUUCAUACAGGAUUAAUACUCCUAUUGAUCAAAAUAUCAAUCUUAAGUGACUCAAAUAUUACUUAAGAUGAGCCUAUAAUUAAGCAUCUAAAUAUACAUGCCCUAAUUUUUGUUAAUACUGUGUGGCUACAAAGCCCACUGGCAUUUAAUAAGAGCAGCUGCUGUGAAUCUUCAGAAAUUAGGCCAACGAAUAUUAAUUACCAAUUCAUAUUAGUAUAUUUUAUUAUAAAUUGAAGCACAAGGGCGUAUGAUAUAUUUUGUUGGAUGUUCCCUCCCAACUCUUUACAUGAAAGAAAAUCUUUAUUCUAUGAAGGUGAUCAGCUCAAAGUGGAGUUGAAAACGUAAAGGUAACAGUGAUACAUUGUAUACCAGAUUUGCUAUCAUCAUCUCUCUAGCCUUUUUCAACUGUAUUGCUUUUCUUGGGUGUCAAAUGAAAACAUUAUCAUAUUUAUAAAAGAAAAUAAAUUAUGUUCUUAAGAAU